UCGACACGUAUUCUAUGGAGAUCUUCCGAUCUGUAAUUGUAAUUAUAAAUGGAUAAUAAUCAUUAUCAGUUAGAGGCGUCUAGAUUGAAAGAAAUUGAUUCUUUGGAAUUAAAAACAGAAAUUAGAAAAAAAACUAAUAAACAAUUCUGUAUAGCCCGGCUACUGCAAUCUUGGGCGAAUCUGCUGUCUUCUGCUUCAAGAAUGAUGAUCUGUCUUCAGACAAUGAUGAUACUUAAAAAUCUAUUAAUGAUGGUGGCGACAUCUGACAUCAAUACUACAGAAACUCAUUUGUACUCUUAAUACUUUACAGUUUACUAUGGAAUAUAAUUCUUUUAAAACACACUUUGUGCUAGAUGCUAGGUUGCAGUGUUUAGCGACGAGGAAACCGUUAAGAGAUAAGUAAUAGAAAAUUUUCGUUCAAGCUACGCUCCAGUUCCUCACAUAACAUCCUACUUUUGAGACAGUCGCAGCGGAACGCGUUACAAUGACAGUGAAACUAUAGCCAAAGCGCAACGAUGAUUAAGCCACUACUGCUGCAGUACUGCAUUUCAUUACCAACUUUGCGGCAGAGAAGACCUCGCUUUCAACGCUUUUCCGCAAGGCACGGCAGAGAAAAAAAGCUGACCCAUCGUGCUACAAAGAAUAUAUAUUUUUUAAAUGACCUCUUUAUUUGUCCGCCGGUAUGGUCAAAGAUUGGGUUUUGUUACUACAUGGUACCUAGUGAUGGUUACCCUAAGUGAAGUUGUUUCCGCACGCAACGAUAACGUCACCGAUAGCGGCAUACUGUACGAUGACCAUUUGAAGUGGAACGAUUAUCGCUAUUUGGAAGGACUGCCGCUGGAACAAUUACUACUACUGCAGCGGAAAGUCGGUGAGCUGAGAAAUAGUUUCUUUUCGAACGCCACCACCAAUGAACCGGAGGCAGAAACACGCGAAAUGCCCGAAGGCGAUGACCAUACGGGCAAAAACGAUCGUCAGCAUAUGUUUGCUUCGCCACUAAAGAUGCCAAACACCGUGGACAGGAGGUCCUCCGUAGAGCCGUGGAACACAAAACCAUCCAAGGUUCAAAAAAUAUUUCAAAUUAGCAUUACGGGUUUAGCAUUUUUGGCAUUUGCUGGUUACCUGCUGUGCAUGAUCGUACAGGCAAUCAAGAGCAAAGGUACGACCUACUACCAUCCCACGAUCACCGGAACGGCCACGCUAACGUCGGCGAUCAAAAAGCGAAAACCAUUCAUGCGCCGCAAGCGAGAUCUGACCUACAUAACGCCCUUGGAUGCGUAUGAUCCAGGGCAGUUGCAUCAGAUGCUUGUUGCAUUUGCCGAAGGGUAUGCAAAGGGUCCCGGAAGCUGAUCCAACCGAACUCCGGUGAAGAUGCUUUUUUGGGAAGAUGGCAUCGCUCCAUUACUCACCUGGUAU